GGCGUCCAAAGCGUUACCGGCGACAUAAAAACGCAUAGUUAUUGUUGAGUUGUAGAUAAGAGUAUAAGACAAGGGAGGAAACUGGAAAAUGCACUUGGUGUUUCAAGUUUAGACACGAACUUGUGAGGUCACAACUGAAAUGGAGUAAGCUGAGCUUAGCUCAGUCAUUUUCCUGUUGAAGCUAAUUAUUAUUGAUUUAAAUACCAAGGUACAUAACAUUAGCUCUUUCAAUUUAACAUGGGGACAUUAUAUGAAUGCCUCAGAGAGGCCAAACUUGAAAGGUACUACCCCUCAUUCCGUUCACAUGGAAUAACAAAGUCAGAAGCAUUGACCAGAUUGACUGUGAACGAUUGCCCAGCUUUCGGAAUAACUUCAGCGGAAGACAAAAGACGGCUGGUAGAACUUAUCAGUAUCGUAAAGGCUGUUCAUAAUACAGAGAGGGACAAUUAUCUCUCUGGCCCCUCAGCCAUUAAUAGAUCAGUACAAAAUGUGAAAAACAAGUCUGCUAGAAAAAGAAACAGAAGCCCAGCCCAGACCCCUUUGCAGGUAGCUGGGAAGUCAUUUUCAGCCACAAAUGAUGUUCGUAUUCGAGACCGGUCGCAUACCUCGGCCAGCAGUCACCAGUUGUCAGCUGCUGGAGCCUCUGGCCUGCACUUCGACUCUGAUGAUGAGUCUACAGACUCCUCCACUGCUGAGUCAGAGGAGCACUCAGACUAUGAGCCAGCUGUGAAACACAGCGUGACCACAUCUGUUAGGGAACUUCCUGGUAAAGUGAGAAAAGUCCCUGUAGAAAAAGUCAAACAUGGAGCUGGAUAUAAUUAUGGAGUCCCUGGAGGAAGUAGUACAACUGCUCGUCCAAAGUCAAGGCCAGGUUCAAGCAGGCUGAAUGUUGACCGUAUUAAGGUUUGUGUUCGUAAGCGUCCCCUGAGCAAGCGGGAGGUACGGUCUGGGGAGGAGGACAUGGUCCACGCUGGCAGCACAACCACCAUUGUGGUCUCUGAGCCCAAACAGGCUGUGGAUCUCACAGCCUACACCCUCAAACAUGAGUUCAUAUUUGAUGAAGUGUUUGACGAGAAGUGCUCCAACGAGGAUGUCUACAUUAGGGCAGCCAGACCGCUUAUAAGCUGUGUGUUUGAUGGAGGUAGUGCCACAUGUUUUGCAUACGGACAGACAGGAGCUGGGAAGACCCACACAAUGAUUGGUGGACGCGAUGUGCCGGGCCUCUACCUGCUGGCGGCCCAUGACAUCUUCUCCAUUGUUGAGAGCGGCCAGUAUGGCACAGGUAUCAAGGUCUGGGUCAGCUUCUUUGAAAUCUAUUGUGGACAGCUGUUUGACCUCCUCAACAAGAGAAACAGGUUGCAUGCACGGGAAGAUGGCUCUAAUCAUGUGUGUAUAGCAGGUCUUACUGAGACAGAGGCCACAGAUGAACAGUCUCUCAUGCAGGUGCUCGAGUAUGGUAAUUCUGUUCGCAGCAAGGGUACCAGUGGUGUGAACCCUGACUCAUCACGCUCUCACGCCAUCCUGCAAAUGGAGAUACGUGACUCUACUGAUAGGAGACUUGGCAGAAUUUCGUUUAUUGACCUGGCUGGGAGUGAGCGAGCUUCAGACUCAGGGGAUCCAGACAAACAGACGCGCAUGGAGGGAGCAGAAAUCAACCAGAGUCUUCUUGCACUGAAGGAAUGUAUCCGGUCAAUUGACCAGGAGAGCCGUCACAAGCCAUUCAGACAGAGCAAGCUGACACACAUCCUCAAGGACUCGUUCAUAGGGAAUUCACGCACUUGCAUGAUUGCAAACAUAUCUCCAGGCAGCACGUCGUGUGAACACACUCUCAACACCCUCAGAUACGCUGACAGGGUAAAGGAAUUGCGUCGUUCCAGCCAGGGCAGCCAGCAGGCAUCCUCAACACGGGGAAGCACUAACGUGGCUAUGUCCAACAUCCUGAUGAAUAUCCCAGCCUCAGCCCCCUCCAUCUUCCAGCCCUCAAACAUCCUCUGCUCCUCCACACCCAUGAGACAGAGCACCAAGCAGUUCACUAACCGUAACUCAAAUGCUGAUCUCCACCUUGACCCCAGUGAAACCCCUUUAAGAGGCCCUGGGGCGCGAAGGAAGACAGCCACUGUUGCUGGGAGGAGUGAAACACGCGCAUCCAGUUCUGGGGCUAGGGCAAGCUCUGCAAGUGCUGUGCCCAGUGCCUCUGUGUCAAAGUCAAGUAAUAAAGCUCCAAUAACAAGACAUUUUGCUCCAAAUCUUGUCUCCAAGCAAAACAUGUCUUCAAACAGUGAGUCUGAUCAGACAGACACAGACUCUUGUAACGUGACAGGACCUCAGAAACCCGUGGCUCAAACGAGUGCAUUCCAGCAAAUGAAAAACUUUGAUGUGAAGUCAUUUAGUACAAAGACUGAUAAUCAUGGAAAGAAAAUAAUCACACCUAGUCGUAACAUCCCUCCCGUGAUAAAGUCCUCAGACACAGACAAUGACUUUCCAACCACUGAUUUCAACAAUGAAGAAGAGAUGAAUGAUUUAAACCGCACAGAUGGGAAGAGUGCUGUAGCUGCCAGCACACCAGUGUUCCCUGUGGGAGUUGGUAGGAAACCGGCCUCAACACUCGGUCAGCCCAGCUACCAGGGGGAAGUCCAAAACACUCCCACCACUCAGCCCAGAAUGUCGGCUGUUUCUGCCAGUGUCCCAGUAUUAAGAAAGAAAGUGUACAAUGAUGGUUCAAAUAAUACUCCGGCAGGUUUACAUGAUGACAGUGGUGAAGUGACUCUUCAGGAAUAUGAUGCAAAUAAAUCGAGACCAUCUUAUGGUAAUCAAAAACAAAAUGGUUUACAAAGAACUGAUGAUUCCAUCAAAGCAAAAAAUGCUGCCUCCGGAUCAAAAACUAAAGAUAUAGAGAAACAGAAGUCUGAAGUCACACGACCUCAGAUAAGGAUACCAUCAUCUUUAUCCGACACUAUAGAAGAUGACUUGCUGUUUGAUGCUCCGUCAAUGGACCAGCGUAACUGGACACCGAGGACCCCUAGUGAGAACUCCGGAACUCAGCCCCGUAUUCCCCAGGACCCAUCUCUCCAGCCAGAAAUCCCAGCCGUGCUUCCAGCCAAGAGCACUGAGCUCACAACGUUCUCCCAGUCCCCACGCUGGCACCUCAACAAAAACCAGAACCCUGUCACCCCUCCCCAGCCCCAGCAGGGAUUCCGUCCUGAUCCUGUCAGAACCAUCCCCAAGACCAACAGUGAGAGAAAUGAUGGUAGUGUUAGGCCUUCAAGUGCAAAGGACAAUAGUAGUGGGAAAACUCCUUUCCAUGUGGUUCCAAAACAGAAAAGUAGUUACUUUCCUAACAGUUCUAAUACUGCGGUUAGUAGUGGAAGGUCUGAGGCAAAACAGCAGCCAUGCCUUAAUAUUCAGCAGGCAGAGGCUGGCAAGGAACCCAUAAGUGCUAACUGGUUUGAUACCCCAGCUGACUUUGAAACCCAUUUGGCAAAAUGUUCUGGUCAGAGACACUUUAACUCAAGUGAUGUUAGUGAUGCUGACAGUCUCUCACAGCAUAGUGACAAGACUCCAGUAAGAAGUGAGAGGAGUAACCGAGUGACCACAGCUAGAGAUGAUGAGUACAUGCACUUGCCUAGAAACUUGGACAAAAAUCAGUCUAGCCACAGUGAUAGUGGCAUUGUAUCUGUGGCCUCAGAUAGUGCUCUACACAGCAGGGCCACUCAACACAGGCCCUUGACUAAACAAGAGAAAGAAACGACAAAUUACCAAAACUCUGAUUUUUCGCAGCCUGGUUACUUCAGUGACCAAGCUGGUAGAAAUGUGUUCCAGUCUGUGAAAUCACGUGUAGUACAUUCUCCAGUGAACACACGACAGACAAACAACAGUUCUCCUGUGAUAAAGGACUAUGUGUCUCAUUCUCCGGUGCCAGGUCAGGACAGUUAUUGUAGAGACAAACGUGACCGAACUCUGUCAGACUCUGCUAUUGAUGCAGCGGCAGGUAAUGGUGCAUUGACAACAGAGAAACUGCAGGCAGGGGCAUGCUUCUCCCCAAUCCACCCCCAGCCUCUCACCACCAACAAGCAGACCAAGGCCACUGCCGUCCUCAGCAAGGACAUUGUACAUCCAACCCCAGUGAGCCGCCAUUCCUCUGCCAGUGACAGGCCUGGGUCACAGAAAAGUGACAGUGAUAGCAGUGAGACACUCGACCUCAAAUCUCAGCUGAUCAGUUCCCACGAGGAUCAACUGGCGACAGUGACCUCCCUUUGUAAACAGGAGAUGAAACUGUUGCUGGGAGCCAAGGCUGGAAAUAAGUCAUUUGGUGACUACAUGGAGAAAGUUAGUGAGGUGUUAACUGAGAAGAUGGCCGCCAUUCAGCUGCUACAAGACCAGAUCAUGGCCUACCAGCUCAGCACACAAGAUGCCAGUCUGUAGGAGCAAGAUAUCAGCUUGCAGGAUACCAGUCUGUUGGGGCAAGAUGUCAGCAUCCAAGAUGUCAGCCUGUAGGGGCGAGAUAUCAUCAUCCCGGAUGCCAGCCUGUAAGGGCGAGAUAUCAUCAUCCAGGAUGCCAGCCUGUAGGUGUGAGAUGUCAGCAUCCAGGAUGCCAGCCUGUAGAGGUGAGAUGUCAGCAUCCAGGAUGCCAGCUUUUAGAGGCAUGAUGUCAGCAUCCAGGAUGCCAGCCUGUAGGGGUGAGAUGUCAGCAUCCAGGAUGCAAGCCUUUAGAGGCAUGAUGUCAGCUUCCAGGAUGCCAGCCUGUAGAGGCAAGAUAUUAGCAUCCAGGAUGCCAGCCUGUAUGGGUGAGAUGUCAGCAUCCAGGAUGCCAGCCUUUAGAGGCGAGAUACCAGCAUCCAGGAUGCCAGCAUUUCGAGGAGAGAUAUCAGCAUCAAGGAUUCCAGCCUGUAGAGGUGAGAUGUCAGCAUCCAGGAUGCCAGCCUUUAGAGGCGAGAUGUCAGCAUCCAGGCAACAUCCAGGAUGCCAGCCAUAAGAGGCAAGAUAUCAGCAUCAAGGAUGCCAGCCUGUAGGGGCGAGAUGUCAACAUCCAGAAUGCCAGCCUUUAGAGGCGCGAUGUCAGCAUCCAGGAUGCCAGCCUGUAGAGGUGAGAUGUCCACAUCCAGGAUGCCACCCUUUAGAGGUGAGAUGUCUGCAUCCAGGAUGCCAGCCUGUAGGGUGAGAUGUCAACAUCCAGGAUGCCAGCCUGUAGAGGUGAGAUGUCAGCAUCCAGGAUGCCAGCCUGUAGGAGCAAGAUAUCAGCUUGCAGGAUACCAGUCUGUUGGGGCAAGAUGUCAGCCUGUAGGGGCAAGAUAUCAGCAUCCAGGAUGCCAGCUUGAGGCGAGAUGUCAGCAUCCAGGACGCCAGUCUGUAGGGGAGAGAUGUCAGCAUCCAGGAUGCCAGCCUUUAGAGGUGAGAUGUCAGCAUCCAGGAUGCCAGUCUGUAGGGGAGAGAUGUCAGCAUCCAGGAUGCCAGCCUUUAGAGGUGAGAUGUCAGCAUCCAGGAUGCCAGCCUGAAGGGGCCAGAUGUCACAGAAACAAGUUUAAAAAUUUCAAAACAUGUUGUUUUAUCAAAAUUCAAGUUAUUUAAAAGAUAAUUUGGAGGCAAAUGUGCAGAUAACACAUCUUUGUUACCGGCAGAUGAAUAAAUGUGGUAAGGCUAUCGUCCAUUUAUCACUAUCAAACACCAUGAACUAUAAUAUAUAUUGCAAGUGUAUUUUGGACCUUGUGACUUUGUUUUAGGAGCAUUUCAAUUAUACAAAAAACAAUGAUUGUAUCCAUUCCUCAUUGGGUCAUAACUGUGAUAACAUCCCAUAUAUUUAAACAUGAUACUCAUAAGUGUAAAUAUUUGGCACUAUUUUAUUGUUCAUCAUUUGGAUCCGUCCUCCCAUUGAGUGCACUUUCCCCCUGAUCAUCAUUUGGAUCCGUCCUCCCAUUGAGUGCACUUUCCCCCUGGUAUAUUUUACACCACCAUGGGCUGUUACAAUGUAGAAUUAAUAAUGCAUUUCAUAUUUUUUAUAUUGUUCUAAGUAUCUGGUUUAUAAUAAUAUGAAAAUUAGAUGCCUGGUGACUCCUUAUUAUUGUGAUAUCAUUUAAAGGGACUAAUGUGAAUGGGAAUAACAUGUAAAUAUCAUAACAAUAAAGAGAUUACAAACACCCUGGUUUGACCUCGAAACGUUGAUUUCAGUUGAAAUAAAAAACAACUAGCAACACUGCUAUGCGAUGAAAACCAAGUUUUUUUAACAUCUGUACAGAUAUGCUUUGGGCAUAUUAAAUAAGUGACUGAUAAGAAUACAGAUGGAGAAGGGAAACUGAAAGGUUUAUAUGCUCCCUUAAGGUAAAACGAGAGUGUCCAUUUUGACUUAAGACCAUCAGUGUGACUUUGACCUUCAACAUUCAGACAUGAGUGUUGCUGGUGACACACUGCCCACCUGGAGACAUACCCCAAACUUAUAACCUAGAAAAAGAAAAACAGGUUAACAAUACAAACUUCCAUAACUUGAUCUGUUAUUAGCCAGUGAGUAAAACCUUCGGAAUGGAACCAACAUUUCAUGGGGUCAUCAUGCAUCAAAGUUUCACAUAUUGCCUAUGUUCAUUUGUUCAUGAGAUGCAUUAAUAAUGACAGUUUUGUGCGUGUGUUUAGGCUAUUUCAGGUUCUGUAUAUGUAUUAAUGUUUGAGAUGGACCUGGCAAUGUCAUGCAUUUAGAGAUAACUUGACCUUAUUGCAAUUGUACAUUAAGAGCUUAAUAGUCCAGAUUGAAUGUUUUGACAACUUUUUGAACCAGCCAAAUUUUGCGAAAAUGCAUGGAAACCAGUAAUAUAGACUACUGACAAAAAAUUAGAUAGCAGAUUUUUGUAUUUAAGAAAUGAUGUUUUAUGCAUUUUUCUUAAACCGUUAGUAACGGUUUAAGCCAUAAAACAUUUAUUUUCGAAUGGAAAUAUGAAAAUCUGUGAUCUGAUCUUUUAUCAGCAAUCUUUUAUCAUUGGUUUGCAGUUAUUUACGCAAAAAUUUACUCAUUCCAAGACAAAAAAUAAAAAUGUUGUAAAAACGGUAUAUCUGUGAGAUAAUGCUUGUAUUUUGCAAUUUUGGGAGUUUUGAAAUUUCAGAGAUAGUGUUAGAACACAUGCCUUGGAUUCAGACACACUUUCAUUAUAAUCUGUGCACAAAAGUGCGCUUAUUAAAAUUGUUCAAUGCAAACACACAUAAUGUAGAAGCCGAUCCAUGCCAUUGUUUUCAUGGUUUUAAUGAAUUUUAUCAAAUAUUUAUUUAUAUAUAUAUAUAUGUAUUUAUUUAUACCUUUAGUUGCUGUUCUAUGUUGAACAAA